AUGGCGCCUAGGAAUGUCUACACAGGAGAAGGAGGGAGCUCAGUCAUAUCCACGGAUCUAAGCCAUGGCAAUGUUGAAUCAGGCGAAUCUCUUCAGCCCGUCCAACCUACGGCCGAUGUACCUCCAGAAGAGAUUCCGCAUCCAGAGUUCUUCGGCAUAGAUACUUCCUAUCCACAUAGGUGCCAUCACAAAAUGUGUCCAGCAAGAAAAGUGGCUUUCGUCUACACGGCCACAGGCAGGAGGUUCCUUGGAUGCCCUCUCUCGGGACCUGAUAGGUGCUCCUGGUUCAUGUGGAUAGAUGAAGCAUGGGGUCCUGUACUUAGCCGUUCAUUAAUACAACUUUGGGAUCAGGCUCUCCUGGACUCUGGAAGAGCAGCAAGGUUGCAGACAAAGAAAAAGGUAAUGGAGCAAGCAUACUUAGAGUUGUGGACUGAGAGGAGCAAUAUGGAGAUUGAAAACCAGCAGGUGGUCAACAAGUUGAAGACCACAAUACUCGACACUGAGAUUAAGAUGUCAAGGAGGAUGUUUUCUGAAGUCGCAUAUGUACUGAGGGGGAAACGGUUCAUUCUCUUUCCCAACCAGGCGGCAAGGCACGCAGUAGAAGACAUUGAACUGAUAGCGGCUACCGUUGGUGAUCAGUUUGGGCCAGACAGUGAGGACUCUAGGGUCCAAGGACAACUAGGCUAG